CUGCGAGCUAAGUGGUUGCACGCUUCCUCGUCAGCUACAAUGUGAAUCUUGAAUCGUGGAUCUCGUCCAUCCACGCGGAAAGCUGGCUUUUGACUCUAUGGCUCUUCAUAAGCUUCACCUAGCAUCGAUGGCUGUCCGCGACGGUUGCAGUCACGAGUGGGACAGCUCGAGCCUUGCUACAUCCUCAGCCUCGCUAUCCCAGCACGAACGCAAUCGUGAACGUCCUGCUCUCAAGUCUUGCUCCGCUGUGCAGCCAGAGGCGACUACGUACCUCUGUCCUCGCGUGAUACCAACCGACGAGUCUGGAUAGCAAGCUCGAUCUCGCAGACAAAUUUGUUUCGCAGGAAGAGGAUGGACGAGAUCGCGGUGGAUGCUUCGCGCACUCCGCGCGGCAUACAGCCGACCUUUCCUACCUGGACGCCAGCUCAAAGUGGAUCAAAAGUCGCGCGACAGAGAUGAGUCAACUAAACUUGUUGGCGCCAGUCGUGUCGCGCCGACCUCCUACUUCUCCCCAUCUGGCUCUGGCUGGCGUGAUCUAUGGGCAGAACACGUGCAGGUUGAAGACA